UGGAAAAACUAUAAAUGUAAAGCCAGCACCAACUUUUCGGCUCAUUUACGAUUGAUUUUCUGUUUGUCCAUAUUCCCUUUCAAAAUCCCCCUUUUCCAUUCCUUCCGUCUGCUCCCCUUUCUUCCCCUCUCAGAUCCGACCGGACCGGUCAAACUCCGGUCAACUCUUGGUUCACUCAUCGUCAUCUUUCACAGAUCGCAGUCAUGAAUCAAGAAUAUGACUACUUGUUCAAGCUUUUGCUAAUUGGGGAUUCUGGAGUUGGCAAAUCGUGCCUUCUGCUAAGAUUUGCUGAUGAUUCAUAUCUAGACAGUUACAUAAGCACAAUUGGGGUUGAUUUUAAAAUACGCACUGUGGAGCAAGAUGGGAAGACAAUUAAACUUCAAAUUUGGGACACUGCUGGACAAGAACGCUUCAGGACAAUCACUAGCAGCUACUAUCGUGGGGCACACGGUAUUAUCAUUGUUUAUGAUGUAACAGACCAAGAGAGCUUCAAUAAUGUUAAACAAUGGUUGAAUGAGAUUGACCGUUAUGCAAGUGAAAAUGUGAACAAGCUUCUGGUUGGAAACAAGUGUGACCUCACUGCUAACAAAGUCGUGUCUUAUGAAACAGCCAAGGCAUUUGCUGAUGAAAUUGGAAUUCCAUUCAUGGAGACAAGUGCAAAAAAUGCUACCAAUGUGGAACAGGCUUUUAUGGCCAUGGCUGCUGACAUCAAGACUAGGAUGGCGAGUCAACCAGCGAUGAACAAUGCAAGGCCACCAUCAGUUCAGUUACAAGGACAGCCAGUGAACCAGAAGAGCGGAUGCUGCUCUUCUUAGGUGGAUGUGUGUGCUUAUUCCAUGGGUGUGUGUUAGCAAUGUAAGACUAGAAGGGGCUAAUUACAUUACCAAUUACCAGCCAUCCAAACCUCAUUGAAGAUUUGAUAUUCUGUCACUUUAUAAUCUGUUUCCAUUCUUUUCAGUCUAUUUGAUUUCUAAGUGGCGUGUACAAAGAGCAUAUAAGUAUUUUGGAAGUAGCAGUAGUAUUCAUAUAUGUUAUUUUAUAACAUGGCCUGGAAGCUGCAAUGCACACUUCCUUUCUUAUUCUCCAA